AACCCGCCGUAGGUGUCGCUGGGCGGACGCGCGGCGGGACACUUUUUGCAGCGCGCGCGUUAUAAGGAGAGGGAGUGGCGCGCGGGUUGACAGAGGAGAGAAACUCCGCGCGCAUGCAGGAGGAGCGGAGCGCGGCUGCGCCCGGGAUAACGCGAUUAGCGCUCCAUUAGGCAGUCCGCGGAGCCGCGCCGCAGCAGCACAGAGACCCCGCCGGGGGACAGGACUCUCAUGGAUCCUCCCGGCUGCUGUUUGCAGAAGUUGUCCGGCAGUUCUCCUCGUGUGGUGGAUCCGCUCCCUGUUUCAGAUGAACCCGUAGGAAAAUAAGGGCUCAUCCCGAGGAGGCAGCUCACUAUGAGGAGGAAGAGCCCAGUAGAGCCUCAGAGGAGCCGUGUGCCUGUCCUCUCAGCCCUCCUGUGAGCUCCUCCUCUCCCCCUGUCUCAGUGAAUGAUCGUCGUUGACCUGAGGUGAACUCUCCAGAGAGGUCUGCUCCAAUGGAGGACAACAACCAGACCAACCAGAACGUUUCAGGCUCGGCCCCCUACAGCAUCCAGAUCGCCCUGCCUCUGUCUGUGCUGGUGGGGAUUAUGAUCCUGUUGAUAGUGUUUGGUAACGUGCUGGUGGUCAUUGCUGUGUUUACCAGCCGGGCCCUGCGGGCCCCACAGAACUUAUUCUUGGUGUCUCUGGCAUCAGCGGAUAUUUUGGUGGCCACCCUGGUGAUGCCCUUCUCUUUAGCCAAUGAACUGAUGGGAUUCUGGUACUUUGGGAAGGUGUGGUGUGAGAUCUAUCUCGCCCUUGAUGUUCUUUUCUGCACCGCCUCCAUCGCCCACCUCUGUGCCAUCAGUUUGGACCGCUACUGGUCCAUCACACAGGCCAUUGAGUAUAACUUGAAGAGAACACCACGCCGCAUCAAGUCCAUCAUUUUCAUCGUGUGGGUCAUCGCUGCGGUCAUCUCCUUCCCACCUCUGAUCACCAUGGAGAAAGAAAACGGCAGUGAGAGCCCUGUGUGUAAGAUCAACGACGAGAAGUGGUACGUCAUCUCCUCCUGCAUCGGCUCCUUUUUCCUCCCCUGCAUCAUCAUGGUGCUGGUCUAUGUGCGGAUCUACCAAAUAGCCAAAAAGAGGACGCGUGCGCCACCAGGAGACCGCCAGCAGAAGGGUUUAUCGAAGCCCGGCGCCGCUGCUGCUCCCAACCGGAGGGAGAAUGGCCUAGAAGGUCGCCUCUGCCACGAGAAGCUGAACGGAGAAAAGGACGUGGAACUGAAGGAGGGGGUCAGGGGAGAAAAGGGGGCAGAUGAGGCCAAGAUUGAGGUCAACGGGGUGGACAAUGAGGAGUCCUCCUCAUCUGACCACAAAGUGGACAAUCCGUGCUCCAUCAAAAAGAAAUCGGCAAAGGGGAAAACCAGACUGAGCCAGGUGAACCCCGGAGAUGCUGACACUCAGAGGCGGCAGAGCACCAAAGGGAGCCGCUGGAAGGGCCGCCAGAACCGGGAAAAGCGAUUCACUUUCGUCCUGGCCGUGGUCAUUGGAGUCUUUGUCAUCUGCUGGUUUCCCUUCUUCUUCACCUACAUGUUGAAGACGCUUUGCUCCAGCUGCUUCGUGCCCACCACUCUCUUCAACUUCUUCUUCUGGUUCGGCUACUGCAACAGCGCCCUGAACCCCAUCAUUUACACCAUCUUCAACCACGACUUCAGGAGGGCCUUCAAAAAGAUCCUGUGCAGAGAACGAAGGAAGUAUCUAUGAGUGACUGCUUCAGAAAUGCUAGCGUGGAUCUGCUGAGCGGGAACUAGGGCUGCCACAAACGAUAAUUUAAUAACCGACUAAUCGGGUCAUGCACCAAGUGCAUGUAAUGCACACAUCUGAGCCAUCAUUAGCUUUAGACUAACUAAAAUAAAGACAAUUUGGAUGAUAGUUUGUUCAACUUUUAAUGAAUUGUGCAGCCUCUGUCCUUCAUUAGUUUCUGUGAUUAAAACAA